AUGGCUCGCAGGGACGCGGACGACGAGGGUCCCACGCGGAGGGGCGGCGCGGCGAGGCUUUCUGGGGCCCCCGGCGGGCGGGGAGGCGAGGCAGCCGUCAGCCGCCCCGAGCCGCUGUCCACUGCUGAAGCGCCGGCCGAGGGCGCCGCGCUGCCCGCCUGGAUGCGCCUCUACUUCUACGGGAUGCACGGGAUCACCCUGGACGUGCUCCUGUCUGCGGCGCGGCGCUUCGUUCGCAGCCCCGACCUCCGGAUGCUGGGCUUCUCCUCGCCCUACCACUGCCUUCUGCACUCGCUCACCCACUUUGCCCUGGAGAAGGUCUACCUGCAGCAGCAGCGCUGCCCCAGCGCCUUCGUCUUCAAUUUCCUCCUCUACCCCUCGGCCCACGUGGGGCUGCAGACCCUGGCGGGCGCUUUGCUCAGCCAGGGCGGCGGGCCGGGGGGCGCAGCGGCGCCGGGGGCGCUGGACCUGGCGCUGCAGUACGUCCUGGCGCUCUACCACUGCCAAGUGUUCCUGAAGCGCUUCCUGCGCUUGCGGUACCAGCGGCGGCGGCAACAGCAGCAGCAACAGCUGCUGCGGGGCGCGCCCCCCGCCCCUGCAGGCGCCCGGGUCCCUGCGGCAGCCGGCGGCCGGCGGCGGAGACCUCGCGGCCCCAGGGGCGCCGCGGGAGCCCCCAGCCAGGGGCUGCCGGACCUGCUCCGCUUUCUUUUCUUCGGAAUGCACGGCUUUUUGGAUGAAAUCUUCUUCACAUUCUUCUUUAACCUGCUGGGGCAGGGAGACGGGACAAGCAGCGGCCACACGUCUCUCUGGUCCUUCUUUAUGUACGGCAGCUGCAGUUUCGUGGUGGAAAAGCUCUACUUCCACCUCCACUACAGUCGGGGCUGGGGUACCUGGAAGCGAGUGCCCUUCUACGUGAUCUUCAUCUACGCGUGGGAGUUGUCCUGGGGUCUGGGACUCCGCACUUGGGGCGCUUGUUCCUGGGACUAUUCUCACUAUCCGCUCAAUUUCAUGGGCCUUAUCACCCUGAUGUAUUUACCUGGUUGGAUAUUCCUUAGUGUGUACCAGGACCUACUUUCCAACGUGUUGUGGCAGGUGCAGUACGUACCAACUAACUAA